CAUCGAGCAGCAGACACAACCAUCGGUGUCAUGGAGCACAAGCUGGAUCUUUCCCGUCUAACGGACGAAGAGGCCAAACAUGUUUGGGAGGUGAUUCAACGAGAUUUCAACCUCCGCAAGAAAGAAGAAGAGAGACUCAGUGAGCUGAAGAAUAAGAUUGAGAAGGAGGACUCAAAACGAGACCUGCUGGGCUCUCAGAGCAACUUGUCCGACUCGCUUUGUAUUCGCUGCCUGCAGCCCUUCAAGUUCCUGGUCAACAGCAAACGCCAGUGUCUGGACUGUCGCAUUUACACCUGCAAGUCCUGCAGCCGCUACAACAAGAAGGAGCACGGCUGGGUGUGCGACAACUGCCGCAUGAACAGGGUGCUCAAGAUCGGGACUCUGGGCUGGUACCAUGACAACGUGAGAAACCGUUUCAAACGCUUUGGGAGUGCCAAAGUGAUGAGGUCAUUGUACAAGAGGCUGAACGGAGAAGGUGGGCGUGAUGAUGACACGCAGAGUAUGCCGGAUGUCCACAACGCAUAUAAUGGCAAUGAGGAUGAUCAAGGAGAAUUCGAGGGUCAGCGCUACAAAGUGAUGAGGAAGAACAAACGUCUGCUGUCUGUUCAUCCUAUGGACUUUGACAAUGAGGAUUAUCUGCCUCACUCACGCCGCCCGUCUGUGCAGCAGCAGGAUGAUCGGUACCAUAGGAAUGACGUGGACCACGGCCACAACAGCCACAGAGGAAACCGCAGGAAGAGCCUGGACCGAUAUGCCACGAGACCUGAUGACAGCGGAGAGAAUCGGAUGGUCCGGACUCGCUCUCUGUCCAAGAUCACCUCGUCGGUGGCUCGGCAGCAGUACGUUGACACAUCAGACGAGGAGGAGUACCAGAGGUACCCGCAGAUGUACCAACAACCACCCCACCGCCAAAGGGGCAGUAGAACCUCCUCCCAGGAGAACCUGGGACAAGCCCCGCCGAUAAAUGAACUGGGCAAACGAAUGUUGGCCAUCGAGAGUCUGCUGAGCCGCCUGGAGGAAAAGAUCACACCUGGUGUAAACGAGCAGGCGUCAAAUCCAGCAGCUCAGAAUGAGGAGGAGAAACUGAGAAGGAAGCUUAGUGAGCUGGCGGGGAACCUGAGCGAUAAGGGCCCGUCAUCGGACGACGAAGCUGGGAAGAAGUCCUUUUCUGUGGGUAAAGGUUUGGCCGGACUGAAGGGUGGCCCAGCAAUCGCUCUGAACUCCCGGAAGGACAAACACCUGAGCUCAUCCAGUGAUGAGAUGCCCACUGAGGCUCAAAAGGUGUACAUCACGGCCGGUCAGUCCUACGAGCUGGAGUCGAAGCUGCGGCGGCUCGAGCAGAGUGCCAAGAAUCAGUUUGGAGGGACGACGGACUCGGAACUGUCGGAGCUUGAGGACGUGGUGGCACUGACCGCCGCCAGAGUCCAGAGUGCUGAGAGCGAGGUCUCUGAUAUUGAGAGUAAAAUCGCUGCUCUGAGCGCCGCCGGAUCCAAGAAGAAGGUUUCAGGAACUCAGAGAAAAAAGUCGACUCAGGAUUUUCAGAAAGCUAACGGCACUCAGUGGAAAUCCAGCAACAUGUUCUGAAGCAGAAACAGACCUUCAGCAGCUGCUGCUUGCUCGUCUUCGUCAUGAAGCCUUCAUCAUA